AUGUUGCGCCUGAUUAUUGUGUCUGCUCACAUACCACCCGAAAUUGCUCAAUACCCUGAUACCUGUGUGACUGCCACCUUCAGAGGUGUCACAAGAAGCACAAGAGUCGUUCAGAGGGACCAGGAUCCCAUUUGGAAUGAGACCCUGGCAUGGUAUGUGGAAGUCAACACACUGGACAGCUCUUCUUUUAUAGUUGCCCAACUGCAAAACUGGAGCAGUGAUGAGGAAGACAGCUCUUUUGGGUCUAUCAGUGUGCCCCUAGCAGGUGUUGUUGCAAGACCAAACAGGAUUGUCACUAUGAAGAAAAUGGCUCUUCGUGACAACGUCCACAAGGCAACAGGUGAUUCUGUAGAGGAAGAACUGGCUGGGAGUCAGAAGGUUAGAGGUGACACUGUACCAAUACCUGAAGGAGGCAGUCCAACAGCCAAGAAACCAUUAUCAGACAAAAAACAAUUCUUCCAGGUGCGAGUAUUGAUCAUAGAAGCCCGGCAAUUGCAAGGAAACAACAUCAGGCCAGUGGUGAAAGUGAUCAUUGCCAACCAUGCAUUCAGGACAAGAAUCAAAUUUGGAAAUACCCCUUUUUUCAAUGAGACAUUCGUACAAAAUUUCCAGGAGAUGCCCUCUCAGCUGUUUGAUGAAUUUAUAAUCAUACAGGUGUUGAAUUCAAGGGCACUGAGACCUGAUUCCCUCAUUGGUGUCUUCAAGAUUGAGAUUGGGCUUGUGUAUGAAGCUCCAGGUCAUGUUAUGUACUCCAAAUGGCUGAGUCUUUAUGAUCCCGAUAACCUGAAUGCCGGGCUAAAGGGCUUUGUGAAAGUCAACCUUUGUGUUCUGGGAGCAGGGGACCACGCACCGGAUGCAGACAAGAUAAAGGAGGACCAAGGUGGAGAGGAGAAUGUUCUCAAAUCUGCAGCUGUGCCAUCACGCAUGGCAACCCUCCAGCUCUCAAUCUACCAAGCAGAAGACAUUCCUCAAAUGGACAAAGAGAACAUAAAUUAUUUCAAAACAAGAGAUGAGGACAUCAGUGAUGGAGAUGAUCUUGUUGACCCUUCUGUGGAAGUUAAUUUUGCAGGGAAAACAAUGCCUAGCAUGUGUGAUCUAAUCAAAUUGACCAUCCUUGAUGGGGAUGAAUAUUCAAGCAGCAAUGUUCUAGGAACGACUUUUCUCAGCAUCUCCCAGAAUUCUUUCACAGGAUCUGAAACAGAUGGGAAUAUCUCAGGGUUCUUGCCAUGCUUUGGACCCUCCUUCCUACCAGUCUAUGGGAGUCCAAGGGAGAACAUAAACAUAGAGGAUCCUUUUGAGGAGCUCAACGCUGGAGUUGAAGAAGGGGUAGCUUAUCGUGGAAGAAUCCUUGUGGAGUUGAAGACCAGCAUGGAAGUGAUCCCUAAUCAAGUGAUAGAGGACAUUCCUCAAGAAACAGUUAAUAAGAUAGAGCGCUUCAUGUCCCGGCACAGGUACGGGCUCUGUACUGUUUUUUAUUCAGCUACCAUGAUGGAUGAUAUCAAAGAACUGAUCCAAUUUGAGGUCAGCAUUGGGAAUUAUGGCAAUAAGUUUGAUGGGACUUGCAAACCCUUUGCUUCAACCACGCAGUACAGCCAAGCAGUAUUUGAUGGUAAUUGUUAUUACUACCUGCCCUGGUAUGACACAAAGCCCAUGGUGGCCAUAACCUCUUUCUGGGAGGAUGUGGACUACCGAAUCAGAUCUCUCAAUGCCAUGGAGUUCAUGUACAACAGGCUGCAGCGAAAUCUGAAUGACCUUAAAUCCAUCGACAGUCCCAAGGAUCCAAAAGUGGGUGCUGUUUGGAAGACACUCCAGCAGGAACUGCUAGAGGACAGCAAGAAGCCUCUUCCUGCCUUGGACGAUCAGGCAAAUGCGACUCUUCUGGAUCAGCGGAAGAGGAAACUGCGAAUUCGGCUCCUCCAACAAAUCAGCAAGGCAGCAGAAAAGACAAAUGCAAAGAAUCCUCUGAAGAAACUGAUUCUCAAAGCAGAGAACUGGCUCCACAAGAUCGCCUCAAUUGCUGUAGAGACCCAGAUCAGCAUGCCGGACGUGAUCAUCUGGAUGCUGUGUAAUGAGAGACGGGUGGCCUAUACUCGGGUGAAAUCUCAUUCAAUCAUGUUCUCCAAACCUGGCCAUCGUACCACUGGAGCGUUGAGUGGCAAAACUCAGACCAUCUUUAUGAAGAGCAUACUGCCAAAGGAGGACUUUGAAAUCCCUACUUUGCUCCGGGUGCGAAUGUGGCUGGGACGUCUGGCUGAUAGUCCAGAAUUCAUGAAAUGUUGUGAAGGGAGAAUCCUUGUUUAUGCUGAGACGUUUGAAAACCAAAAGAAAAUCUAUGGGAAAUGGGGGACUACAGACCUGAUGCCUCACCCCAGUUUCUCAGAUAUAACUGGGGAAGUCAGAUUCUCUAAAGACAAAUUCCAACAACCAAAGGGUUGGAAGUGGGAUGGUGACUGGACCGCAGAGCCCCAAAGGAGACUCUUGCUGGACAUUGAGACCAACCUCAGUGAAGUGCUGGAGGAAGUAUAUGAGAACCAAAUUCGACGCCCUGAACACGAUUGGAGACUUGCCCCUAUCCCAUACACUGAUGUGAGUGGCUUUCCUACCUGCACAAAAGAAGAUGUUAUAUGCCCUCCAGGCUGGCACUUUGAAGAAGAUUGGAAAGCGGAGGUGAAUCGUGCAGUGGAUGAUGCUGGUUGGGAAUAUGGAGUUGGCAUUCCACCCAGUGACAUCCCUCGUACUUGGCAUGCAGCUGAGAAGAUGUACCACACUCAUCGGCGUCGGCGCUGGCUCAGGAAACGCUGCCGAGAUACUCAAAGGGAGACCCAAGAACAACAAAUGGCCUCCUUUCUCCGGCUGCACUCAGAUAUGAAGUUCGAUGAAGAGGAAUGUUGGGAAUAUGCUCCUCUCUAUGGUUGGAAAUUUCACCUGCGGCAGAAUCCUAGUGAUGUGUUUCGCAGGCGAUGCUGGCACAGGAAACUCGCACCCAUUGUAGCUGGUCGUGUGGCUCCUAUUUUCCUUUUGGAAGGUUCACUGGUAAGAAACAACAAACACCAUUCUCUCAGAGGCAGAGGUGUGGAAGUUGAAGACCUAGAGAAGAAAGAUAUGAGUGAGAAGAAAGCGCCGAAAGCAAAAGAACCUGAGAAAACCUCAUCUCAAAACCUGCUGAAGAUGAACACUCCUCUCCUGUUCUGUGUCUUCAAGUAUCCUUUUGCCUAUGUCUCCUUCCUUCACAUGAGCCAGAGAACCAGGGCCCUGUCUGGCACACUCCACCCAUGCUGGGACCAAACCCUUAUCUUUGAAAAGAUUUUGAUCUAUGGAGAGCCUCAAUCCACUGAACAGAGUCCACCACUAGUGGCUGUGGAGAUGUUUGACUCUGAUCUUGCGGGUGACUUCUUCAUGGGAAGGUGUUUCUGUGUGCCAGUGGUGUGCCUGGAUCUCAACCAGAGAAAAAUACCCCGUCUCAGCACUCAUCCAGCCACUGAUGGAAAGAAACCUGCAGGUCGUCUUUUAGCUGCCUUUGAACUUCUAAUGGACAAGGAUGAAGCCUUGGGAAAGCACCCUCCACCAGCAUGGAAAGAUGGGAUAUUCACCAUCCCUAAAACAAUCCGGCCCAUCUUGAAGCUGAUGGCCAUUGAGAUCCUGGCUUGGGGCCUCCGGAGCAUGAAGACUUUCAACCUCCUGGCUGUCUCAUAUCCAAGUCUCACUAUAGAGUGCGGAGGGGAAUUUACUGAAACACCAAUCAUCCCGAACAUCUGGCAGAACCCCAAUUUUCCAAUUAACAUCUUUCUCAUGCAAUUGUACCUACCUGUUGAUGAAGAUUAUGCACCUGCCAUCGAGUUGAAAGUGAUUGAUCACAGAGAAUUUGGAUACCAGCCGGUGGUGGGCCAAGCAACCAUACGGGCUCUGAACCAGUACUUCUGUGACCCUUGGGAAGAAAAAAAACCCCAUACUCUCCCAUUUAGAGAAACCAAGCAAAACAACCUCCAAGAUGUGGUUCUGGAAGAAGAAAAAGGAGUGGGUCUGGUGCAGAAGACCUGUCCAGUGGUUUGUUUCUGCUGUCCAUUAGUGAUGGCGGUUAUAGAGGAGGUGGAGGAGGAGGAAGAAGUUGACUGGUGGAGCAAGUAUUAUGCAACUGUGGGAGAUCUGUCGAAAAGUGGAAAGUACCUGGACAAGGGCUUUGAUAGCAUGAAGAUCUAUAAUUGUGAGUUGGAGAAUGUGCCAGAGUUCCAUGGCUUGCAGGAUUUCUGCCAGACCUUUCGACUGUACCGAGGAAAAGUGGAAGACGAAUCCCUUGAGGACCCCAUGGUAGGGGGUGAGUUCAAGGGGCUUUUCCGGAUCUACCCACUUCCAGAAGACCCAAAUGUUCCACCCCCUCCACGCCAGUUUGUAGAGCUUCCUGAAAGCCUCCCCCAAGAGUGUCUGGUUCGACUCUACGUUGUCCGGGCCUUUGAACUCCAGCCAAAGGAUAGAAAUGGAUUGUGCGACCCCUACAUCUGGAUCCAGCUGGGAAGGCAAAGAGUGGGGGAUAGAGAGGACUAUAUUCCCAACACCCUUGAUCCCAUCUUUGGAAGGAUGUAUGAAAUGUCAUGUACCAUCCCGCAAGAAAAGGACUUGAUCAUUUCAUUCUAUGACUUUGAUGUCCUCAGUCCUGAUGAGAUCAUAGGAGAUACCACCAUAGACUUGGAAAACCGGCUCUUGUCCCGCUUUGGGGCCAACUGUGGACUUCCUCAGUCCUACUGUGUUUCUGGUCCUAACCAGUGGCGAGAUCAGCUGUCUCCCAGUGAGCUCUUGGAGCAUUUUGCUCGAAUCAAAAACAUGCAUCUGCCUGAGAUCAGUGAUGAUGGCAGCAAAGCCACUUUCAUGGACAGGACUUUUGAGCUCUUUGAUUUUGAAACCAAAAAACCUUUGCACAGCCACCUGGGCCCCCCAAAAGAACGCAUGGCUCUUCACCUCCUCCACUUAUGUGGACUGGUGCCUGAGCACCUAGAGACGCGCAUCCUCUACAACAAUGUCCAGCCUGGUAUUGAGCAGGGUAAAGUUCAAAUGUGGAUCGAUAUCUUUCCAGAAAGCUUAGGUGAACCAGGACCUCCUUUUGAUAUCACCCCAAGGAAGCCCAACUUAUACGAACUCCGAUGCAUCAUCUGGAACACAAUGGAUGUUGAUCUGGAAGACACUAAUGUCUUCGGAGACAGGAUGAGCGACAUUUAUGUUAAAGGAUGGCUGGAUGGCCUGGAAGAGGACAAGCAGAAGACAGAUGUCCACUACAGGUCUCUGGCAGGAGAAGGCAACUUCAACUGGAGGUUUGUGUUUACCAUGGAAUACCUACCCAUGGAGCAGGUCUGUGUCCUCACUAAGAAGCAACAUUUCUGGAGUCUGGAUGAAACCAUGCAGAAAGUGCCCCCCAAGCUGAUCAUCCAGAUUUGGGAUAACGACAAGUUCUCAGCUGAUGAUUUUCUGGGAGUCCUGGAGCUCAAUCUGACCAGCAUUCCACAACCUGCCAAACGGCCCAGUAACUGCACGCUGAAAAUGCUACAAGAGGGCAGCAAAGACUCUUCUCCUUUCCAUCUCAAGAAACCCAAGCGGAUUUCUUUAUUUGUGCAAAAGAAUUUGAGGGGCUGGUGGCCGUGCGUUGUGUGUGAAGACGACAAGCGGAGGGUCUCAGGAAAGGUUGAAAUGUCACUGGAGCUGCUGACAGAAACAGAGGCCGAAGAGCGUCCGGCUGGGAAAGGAAGAGAGGAGCCAAAUAUGAACCCGGUCCUGAAGCCACCAGAGAGGCCAGAGACAUCUUUUCUGUGGUUCACAGCCCCAAUGAAGAGUGUCAAAUACAUUGUCUGGCAGAAGAGCAAAUGGAAGAUAGUUAUUUUCUUCUGCUUCCUGUUGCUGGCCCUGUUGUUCGCUGCCUUCAUCUACUCAGCCCCAGGCUACUUGGCCAUGAAACUGAUAAAUCCAAUGAAAGGGUCCAUCAAAAUGGCUACUACCUCUAAGCCAGAAAACACACCUCGACCAAAAUGA